AUGGUCACUAAUACGUUAGCCGAUAGCUUUAACAACAGCGAAGCUACUAGGGGUAAAGAAGAAAUUGUUAAUAAUAUAAUUAGAUUAGCGAAAGAGGAACAGCUAAGGGGUAACACGUCGAUAACGGAAGAGAAGCUAAAUAAUCUUACCAACUACGUUCUCAAAUAUCAAGAAGACGGUCUGAAGAAGUCUUCAGCUGGAAAGACAGGAAAAGAUUCUGAAAAAAGAGAUUUCAAAGAGCUUCCAAAGAUACCGAAACCCAAAUAUUCACCUUUGUUUAACAAGUUUACUCUUCCUAAACCCGUGAAACAUACCAAACUGUUGAAAAGAAACUUCAAGGUUGAGAGUUUCUCGUUCAAAAAACUUGAAAGAAUAGUCAUCGAAGUCUUAGAGACUCUAGCCAAUUUAUUAGACAACCUCCAUUUGUUCUCCAAAUUUCCCAUGUUUCCUAAAAAAUUAGCAUCGCUAUUAAAGCAAACGAACAAGCUAUGGGUAUUAAUCUUGGUUUUUUUGCUCAGGAAGACAAUCUCUCAAUUGUUGAAUGUCAUUAAGAAAGAGAAAAAGGUAAAGCUUGAAUUGAGUAUAUUGCACAGAAAUCAACAUGCAAAGCUUUUAGGUGAAAAAGAUGACGAUAAGAAUAUCUUCAAAAGAUACGAAAAAUUCUUGAAAGAUCUUAAGUUUGAUAAAACAAUGUUGAUUCUUGAACUUAUAGGUAACUGUUUGGAUCUUAUCUUCAACGUGGUUGAAUUAUACGCAAUCCCACUUCCAGAGUGGUUUAUGACUGGUCUCAAUUUUACAAGCAUGUUCAUGACUAUAUAUAGAAUGAACAAAGAUGAUGAAUACGUGGACGAUGAUAUAACCGAAGAUAUUAUAUGA